UCCGCCUGCGCUCAUGUUUACAUAAUCGCACCAUUUAACCCGUUCCACACGCUCGACCGACCUUCGCAUCGAGGUGCGACCAAACCCACCUGUUCCCUGGCACCAGCCCACACAGUGCAAGAUGCUGUCCAAAGCGCGAAUUUUAUUUUCCCGUACGAUCGCGCACCAGGGCUCGUUAGCCCGGUAUCUCAGCCCGCAGCUACGAUCGGUGCACGUUUCCGAAGCGAACGUGCUGGCCACGGAAGUGAACCGACAGUCCGAGGAAUUCAAGGAGAACUAUGGACAGAUGAGUGAACUGGUGGACAACCUGAAGCGCAUCACCGGAGAUGUGCUGAACGGUGGAGGCCCUGAAGCGAUCAAACGUCACACCUCGAAAGGAAAGCUGCUGGCACGCGAUCGCAUCGAUCGUCUGAUCGAUCCUGGAUCCCCGUUCUUGGAGCUGUCUACGCUCGCAGCAUACGAAAUGUACGGCAAAGAUGUGGUCAACUCGGCGGGGAUCGUAACGGGAAUCGGGCGCGUACAGGGCGUCGAAUGUGUGAUCGUGGCAAACGAUGCGACCGUGAAGGGUGGCUCGUACUACCCGGUCACGGUGAAGAAGCAUCUUCGGGCCCAGGAGAUCGCACAAGAGAACAAUUUGCCCUGUAUCUAUCUGGUCGAUUCCGGUGGUGCCAAUCUGCCCCGCCAGGCCGACGUCUUUCCGGACAAGAUGCACUUUGGGCGCAUUUUCUACAACCAGGCGAACAUGUCGGCACUAGGCAUUCCGCAGAUUGCGGUCGUGAUGGGGAGCUGUACGGCCGGUGGCGCGUACGUACCUGCCAUGGCCGACGAGAGCAUCAUUGUGAAGCGCCAAGGGACGAUCUUUCUCGCUGGCCCUCCACUGGUACGGGCCGCCACGGGAGAGGUUGUAUCGGCGGAAGAUCUCGGUGGUGCCGAUCUGCACUGUCGCACAUCCGGUGUGACCGAUCACUACGCGGUGGAUGACGAGCAUGCUCUGUACCUGGCACGACAGGUGGUGAAGAAUCUGAAUCGCCCCGGUACAGCGACGUAUGACGAGCUGGCCAGUACUAGCACGAGCACGAUGAUGGCCCACGAGGGGCUCACCUUUGGCAAGGAUCCGGAACCACCUCGCUACCCAGCUAGCGAUCUGUACGGUAUCGUUGGCUCGAACCUGACGAAAAGCUUCGACGUACGGGAAGUGAUCGCUCGCAUCGUUGACGGGAGUCGGUUCACGGAGUUUAAAAAGUUUUACGGUGAAACGAUCGUGUGUGGGUAUGCACGGCUGUACGGCCAGCUGGUCGGCAUAGUCGGUAAUAACGGUGUGCUGUUCUCCGAGAGUGCCCUUAAGGGGGCCCACUUUAUUCAGCUGUGUGCCCAGAAACGCAUUCCACUCCUGUUCCUGCAGAACAUUACCGGGUUCAUGGUGGGUCGGGAUGCGGAAGCCGGUGGUAUUGCCAAGAAUGGGGCCAAGAUGGUGACGGCCGUCGCUUGUGCAAACGUUCCCAAGUUGACGCUCAUCAUCGGUGGCUCGUACGGUGCCGGAAACUAUGGCAUGUGCGGUCGAGCGUACUCACCGCGCUUCCUGUACAUGUGGCCCAACAGUCGCAUCUCGGUAAUGGGCGGGUCACAGGCGGCCGGUGUGCUAGCGCAGAUUACGGAAGAACAGUAUCGGCGUACCGGUCGCGAGUGGACCGAGGAGAUUGGGAAUCGCAUUAAAGCCCCGAUUGUGCAGCAAUUCGAAGCCGAAGGCUCACCGUACUACAGUACUGCUCGACUGUGGGACGACGGUAUCAUCGAUCCGGUCGAUACCCGUCGCGUACUGGGAUUGAGCCUGCAGGCUGCACUCAACCAACCGAUCGGCCAGAGCCGUUUCGGUGUGUUCAGAAUGUAGAGUGCAUGCUCCCACCGAGCAGCAACGGACAAUGCCAGAAUUUUGCAUUUAUCUAGUAAUUAAGCUCGAAAGUCAGAACCGUGCCUUGGAGUUUGACUACUCGCCACGCGGAUUUCAGUAACCAGGGAAACCAGAAACGCAUUUCUUCCGAACACAUUGCAUUAUGAAUGCAUUCCAGCGACAAUAAUGGACCACCACCACGGUAUUGUCAUGGUCGUCAUCGUCGACGGUACUAAGUGCCAGAACCUAAUUCCGAUUGAAUGUAAUUUUGUGAUUGGAGCGGGUAUGCCUUUAUUAUGAAUAUUUUAAAUAUAUACCCAAUUAUUCCUCAAG